GCUUUCACACUACGCCUCACCAUCUACUCAUCUCCUCAAACCUCUGCCACAAAAAGCUUAAAAGCUUCCUCCCCCACACUUCUAUGCCAUUAUAUAGCCUCCCAGCCUGCUAAUACAGUGACACCUCUCUCUCUCUCUCUCUCUCUCUCUCUGAAUUCUUACAAACAUGUUUGAUUCCAUGUUCGAGUUGAUCACCCAGGCUGCUUCCAACCAUCUCUUCAUCUUCUGUUUCUGUAAUCUGAUCAUUGCCUUUGUUCUUGUGGGCUCAAAACCCACCCCCAAAAUUGGCCGAGCAGGUGAAAUUCCUCUCUCUCUGGUCAUCAACACACGGACAAAUCGUAAUCCAGGAACAGACAGUAAGCUGAUUUCUUAUGACGACAAAGAAACGUUAAGAGAUGUCAAUCAAGUGUCAUGUUCCCAGGAAGCACCACCUGUCGAUGACAGGGAGGAAAAUGGCAACAGAAAUUUUCAAGAGGAGGGUGAGGAUCAUGAUGAUGAUGAGCUGAGAAGAAGAGUAGAAGAAUUUAUAGAAAAGGUCAACAGGGGAUGGAAGGCAGAAAUUUUGAGGUCCUAGCGUUUAGUUUAGUGUGGCAAGGGGCCUUCAAGGUGAAUUUGUAUUUGAGUUUUUUUGAGCAAUAAUGCUGAAAUUAAACCUUUGUAUAUUUGUAUAUUUUGAUUCUACUCUCAAAAGCAAUGAGUUUAGGAUUGGUGCUCUUUCCCAACUUUUAAGACUUUGGUUUGUGAAAUGUGAUUUGCAUACACGAGCCAAGUUAGAGUUA